UUAGGUGCCCGCGCCGAUGCCUGAAUGUUUUCCAUCAGUCGGAAUGAACUUCUGGAAUGUUGUAUGUUGAUAACUGUAGGUUAUUUCAAUAUUAAGUUAUACAAUUAGCAUUAAAACAGCUGCUGUUUUCGGUUGUUCGUUUAAUUUUUACUUUGCGUUGCUCUUGCACUUUGGCCGUCUCUUGUCAGCGCGUACGAACACCGGAUUUAAGACGAUGAGUGACGCGGCUUCUGAAGUGGUCGUGGUGGGUUCCUGUAUGACUGACUUGGUGAGCCAAGUGCCAAGACUCCCCAAAGCAGGAGAAACUAUCCAUGGCCAUAAGUUUUUUAUUGGAUACGGUGGCAAGGGGGCCAACCAGUGCAUUCAAAGUGCAAGACUUGGCGCAAGGACCUCAAUGGUUGGAAAGGUUGGUAAAGACUUCUUUGGAGACAGUUAUAUCCAGAAUUUCAAGGGCAAUGGCGUGCACACAGAUUUUGUCGGCCAGACUUCUGAGGCAGCCACUGGAGCAGCUUCCAUUGUUGUCAAUGACGCUGGUGAGAAUGCUAUUGUGAUUGUUGCCGGUGCUAACAUGCUGUUAAGCCGUGAGGAGCUGCAGGAAGCACUUCCUUCCAUCGUACAGGCGAAAGUACUGGUCUGCCAGCUGGAGAUCAGCACAAACACUUCUCUUCAAGCUCUGCGCAUGGCUAAAGAGAAUAAAGUCAAGACCAUCUUCAACCCGGCGCCGGCUAUUCCGGACUUGGACCCAGAGUUCUACCGAGUCUCUGAUGUGUUUUGCUGUAAUGAGUCUGAGGCUGAAUUACUGACCGGCUCUUCUGUAGCUACAGUGGAGGAGGCGAGUCGGGCCGCUCAAGAGCUGCUGAGUCGUGGAUGCGGGGCGGUUGUAGUCACUCUGGGAGCACAAGGCUGUGUGGUGGUUACAGCACCGGAAUGCUCUGCAACUCACGUUCCCACAGCUGAGGUCAAAGCCGUGGACACCACGGGAGCGGGAGACAGCUUUAUUGGAGCGCUGGCGUUCUACAUGGCUCACUAUCCCGCGAUGCCUCUGGAGGAGAGUGCCAGGAGAGCCAGCCAGGUGGCAGGGAUCAGCGUGCAGACCAUGGGCACGCAGUCGUCCUUCCCCUUCAGACGAGAUCUUCCAGCUGAGCUCUUCUGAGAGCAGGAACGGAUCACUCAGGCUACUAUUCUUGACAGAUCAAUGUACGGCUGACAGUUACUUUGGCUACUUAAGAAACAAAAAGGUAAAUUUAUACCGAAUUUACACAUAAAACAUGUUAACAAACCAAAGGCAAUUUAUUUAAUUUCCUUUCUCAUCAUAACAAAUGAAACACAAUGCCAAAGUGUGUCCAUGAUGUCUGUGGUGGUCCUGAUAAAUACAUUUUUAGUGACUAGUGAAGUCACUCCAUCAAUAAUAGCAUAUUUAAGUCCUGCCUCCUCUCUGCUCAGUCCAUGGCUCAGCUCAAAUAGAGCGUAUCUUCCUCUUCUCGAAGAACAGGACGUGCUGAUUUACUGCAAGAGAUAAACCAGAACACAGAGUGCCUCAAUGACUGAAAUAUAACAACUAAUUAUAGGCAUAAAUUUCUACAAUUAAGAGGCAUGUAGUACAACGCCAACUGCUAGAUACAUGUGAGAUACUGCAUGUGAUCGUUCAGCAGCAAAACAUUUUAACCUUUGAAUAGGUUUUGAACUUAAACAUGAAAAUAUAGACUGAUGCCACAUGUUUGUGCUUAUCAGCCACUCCUUACCCAGCGGAUCUUUCUUUCUCAUGACAAGUUUGUCAGCAAGGCGGUUCCUCUUGAUGUUGAAGCUGUACCCGGUCCCCGCUGCGCUCAGCAUCUGGACCAGGAUCACUCUGGGGUCACACAGCACACAGAAAUCACACGUGAUGUGACUUGAAAUGUACUUUAUGAGUAACUAAUGUGCACACUUACUUUGAUUUGGCCUUGGCCACUGAAACAUAAAAACAAGACAACAUUCAAUAAAACAAACAUAAUGACGGUUGUUUUUCUUCUUGAAAUUCUCAAUGCCACUUUUCUAAUUUCUUUUUCACUUAAACUAGCAAAGUGACCGAGGGGACGGUAAAAUGGAAAAAGAUAAAACAUAAUCUUCACUCUUCCGACAUGAAACCAUUCGUAACACAAUUAAAACUACAACACAGAGACUAAACGAUACACUUACUGUGAACAAACUCGACCAAACGCGGAACAUUUAACCCUAGCGAUGACACCGAUGAAGAGUUAGCUGAUGUUGACAAGUUAGCAUCCCCGCUAGCCAACAUUAGCAACAUGCCAAUUAAAUGGGAGCGAAACUAUUACCGAACAAUAGUUUGAGCGAGAUUGAGACAUAAAUGAGCGAUACUCACAGUUCACCGACGUGAGAAACAUUUGAGCUUCUUGAUAUUACUCCCGAGUUAGACCAUUACCAUUAGAUGUAAAAGUCACAUUGAACAGUCUGUGCCGCCGUCAUCACAGUCCGUACACUCGCAGUGUGGUGACUAUAGUUCCGCUCUGCGUCUGUUCCGUGUUUACACACAAUUGAAUCAACUCACCACAUUGUUAUCCAAAGAUUGAAAAAAAAAAAAAAAGGUUGUCAUCUAACCUUCUGUGAAGUCUAAUUCAGACUGCGGCAUUAUUUUGACAUCAGUCCUAAAUUAAGUGUGUAUUGUUGUUACAUUGUUCUGGAAAACCCAGAAAGAAUGACUUGAUGAAUGAAAUGAAUUAAUGUGAUAGUGGUGCCAAAUGUCAUUGUUGCUAAGGAAG